AUGUCCGAACAAAAGAUUGAAGAACAAGUUACUGCUACACCAUCUUCCGCUAUCUUAGACAACAGAUGGGAUGUUGUUUUAUCUAAUACUGUUUUGAAAACAAGUAUAGGCUUUGCUGGUGGUGUAAUUGCAUCUGUUUUAUUUUUUAAACGUCGUGCCUUCCCAGUAUGGAUAGGAAUUGGCUUUGGUUUAGGUAGAGGUUAUUCUGAAGGGGAUGCUAUUUUCCGUUCAUCAGCUGGCUUACGUUCUGUUAAGAUUUAA